GUUGUUGUGGUGCCCCCACCCUUUCUCUUCUUAUUACAAAAAAAUCUAAUAACAUAAUCUUGUAGUAGUAAAAUUAAUCAAUUUCUCCGGAAUUAUAUCAUAUUCUAUUAAAUAAUAUUUAGGGCACAACACCCUUUCCAACUUCCUUUCCUUUUCUUCUUCGGCCGCGGCAGCUUUUUGCUGCCACGGCCUUAUAUCAAUCUUCUCCAUCUCCAUUUCCUUGUUAUAAAAUUAUAAUAUUAUUUUCAUGCAUUCUUGGGACAAUAUGAGCAUGCUUUAUAGCAUGGAUUGCUCGAAUAUGGAAUCCUCACCACCGCCUCCUCCACCACCACCUCCCACAAACCGUUCUCGGUUUUCAUCAUUGAGGAUUGAUACCUCCGUGCUAGAGUCAUCCGAGUCCGAGGAGCUACAACGACUUGUCCAUGCACCACCAUUUUGGAAGAGCAAGAAGAGGUUGUCUAAGCAAUUGUCCAUGUGUGAGACUCAUCGAGACAUUGCAUGGGAGAAAAAGCGCCGUCAAAAAUUAAGGCAAGAAAGGAAAAAGAGCUUGGUUCUUGACGCAGAUGAUUUAACGGAUGAGGAUUUACAUGAACUUAAGGGUUCUAUUGAGCUUGGGUUUGGCUUUAAUGAAGAAGCGGCUGGCCAAAAGCUUUACAACACCCUUCCUGCUUUGGACCUUUACUUUGCUGUAAACCGACAAUGGUCGCCGAGUCCUUUGUCUUCGCCUCACAGCCAGGGAUCGACUAGCUCCAUGGGGGCAAGAUCCUCUUCGUUUGACAAUAGUCCUAAGAGUGAAGAUUCUUGGAAAAUUCUUGGUCCAGGAGACGAUCCACAACAGGUGAAGACCAAACUGCGACAUUGGGCUCAAGCCGUGGCUUGUUCCGUGAUACAAUCCUCUUAAAUGUUGGGAUCAGCCUACACAACAUAAAAUAUCGAAUAACGUACAAGCACAUAAUGAACCGCGAAAUAUGAACACAAAGGAGAAAGGAGAUCGAGUCGAGAGGAGAAGAAUAUAUUAGAGUGAUAAGCAGCUGAGAUGGGUACCAAGAAAAUUUAACCAAACCUUCAAGUUUAAGCAACAUGAUCUAAUUAGGUCAUUGUUUGCAUGUUCUUGCACCAUUAUUGCAUGCAGAAUAGUAAGUACGACCGGGGUUAUUAAUUAUAUAGUCUACGUACUAUUUAAUUAAUUUGAUCACUAGGAGGGCACAUUAAUUUUGGUGAUCAAAGGAAAGAUAAUUUAUUUUGUAUUUUAAUUUUUGUGAGGAGUAGAUAUAUUUGUCUUUCUAAAUUAUGUACCAUAAUUAAUUAAGUCUUGUCCUCAAUAUGUAAAAGAUUGUUGUUCUUGAUUAGUUGUACCAACUAGCAUGCAUCUUUUUCACAGUUUGAUAGGAAAUAUUUUGUAUUAGGCUACUUUGAUCUCCAGAGUCAUGUAAAAGUUGUACAACGUACUACGCUAUUAUUAAUGGUUUGAUAAAUAUGUUUUCCCGCAAUUUUACAUUUUUAUCUGAA